AGCAGGGGACAGCAGGGAAGUGAAGGAGCUGGGUGGCACCGAGCAGAGCUGCCCGCAGCUGCCAGCUCACACCCAGCGCUCCGGGGCACGGCACCGAGCGGGUUUGGGGGCUCAGCCACGCCGGGACCGGGCAGGAAAGGUGCCUGGCAGGAUGAAUUGCGCUCGUCCUGGCUGCAGGUGAGGGGCCAGGGAUCACCUGCCAAGCACCCACCUGGGCAGCGCAGCCUUAUCUGCAGCGGAGAGGAGUUAAUGUGUAACCCGGCUGUGUUUGGUUAGCCCAGAAAAGCAAAGAAGUCCUGGGAUAGGCACGGCCGGGACGAGGAAUUGGGCAGCACGCAACAACGGACAGCCUGCCGGGAUAUUCCCGCCGUGCCAGCCUCCAGGGCAGCCCAGGCUAUGCCUAGGAAGGAGCUGGGGAUGGCUGGCUACAACUCUGGCAGCUGUGACAGCAUGGUCAGCACGGCCUCCAACCACUCACAGAGGAGUGACAACAGCUAUGACUAUUUAUCUGUGGAAGAGAAAGAGUGUUUGAUGUUCCUGGAGGAAACCAUUGGCUCCCUGGAUGCAGAGGGAGACAGUGGGGUGUCCACGGAUGACACGGACUACGGGGAGCCCUCCAAGCCCAGGAAAGGCCUUGUGCCCCGGGAUUUGGGGAACAGGACUCCCCCUGCAAGCAGAGAUCAGCAGCGUGGGGCUGAACAGAGGAGUGGUAAGAGCAUCUCUGCCCCGUCCAGCUCGGCCCCAGCAGCUGCUCCAGGCCCAGGUUAUUCCAGCCUUCCCAGGAACAUCCCUGCAGCCAAUGGAGCUUCUGGCAGCAAAGGAGGUGUCCACACGGUGCCAGCAGGUAAACCUGCCCAGGAGGUGCCCAGGGAGGGCAGGCUGGACCAUGCCAGCGCAGGAAGCCACACCAAGUCCGUGAUUAUCCAACCUCCAGACCCCUUCCAGGAGGACCUGGAGUGGUCACGCAGCCAUCACUCAGAUGCCAAGGGGGAGGCGGCCAAGGAGACCAAGAUUCGGACUUCCUGGGGCCACCUGGAGAAAUCCACUCUGGAAGAGGCCCCUCAGGAUCCCGAUGCCAAGCGUGGGCCUCCAACCGCCCCCAAACCGCGGAAAUUGCCACCAAACAUCAUCCUGAAAACCAGCAGGAACAGCCCCGUGCCGGAGCACAACCAGAAGGUAAAAGCAGCGCCUCCACCCCCAGCCAGCUCCCAGCCCAGCCCUGCCAGCGACAGCACUGCUGAGAAGGGGAAUUCAGGCCACCUCGACCCCAAGGAGAAGGAGAAAGCCCGAAGGGAGGCCCUGGAGAAGCUGGGACUCUCCCAGGACAGGAGGGAGCCCAGCGCCCACCUCCAUCCUCACCCUGGGGAGCCACCACUCCCCAUCCCUGGGCAGCCUGGGCAGGGCUCCGUGCCGGGGAUCCGCCAGAUCCCCUUCAAAUCCAACACCCUGGAGCGCUCUGGGGUGGGGCUGGGCAGCUCCAUGGGCAGCGCCAAGGAGCAGAACGGGCGCGGCAGCAGCAGCUCCCUGGGCAAGAUGUCCUUCAUCGAGCGCCUGGCGCCCAGCUUCCUCCGCAGCCGCGCCCGGCCCGCCUCCCUGGCGGCAGGGAAGGACUUCGGCGGCCUGAAGGAGCAGGAGGAGAAGGACAAGAGCAGCAAGAGGAGAUCCCACCCUCUGCCCAGCUUCCCCAGGCCGCCGCGCUCCGCCGUCAGCGUCAAGAUCUCGCCCAAGGGCGCGGCCGACGAGAACCGGCGCGAGGCGCUCAAGAAGUUGGGGCUGCUGAAGGAAUAGCUCGUGGGGCUGGUGGAGAAGGGGAUUUGCACCCCAAAUCCAGCGGCCUGCACUGCCUUGGGCAUGAGAAUCUGCUGCCAGCUCCUGCCCCAGCAGUUCGGGAGAGCUUCACACCAAAUAAAGGAAGGCGGCCUGUACAGAAUAUUUUGUAUAUAGCAGAUGUACAUGAGCUAUUUAUACCAAGCAUCUCUCAGCGUGGAUGGGGUGUGUUCUUCUGCAAGGGCUUUACUGCAUUUGGGGAUUCAUCAAAACAGGGAAGCCGUGGAAUUCGGGGUUUGGCUUGUUUUCAGAGGGGUUGCCUGUGGAUAAAGCGUCUCUGGGAAGAACUGCUGGACUUUGCUGCUCCAUUAGGACUUUUUGGGGGUUUUUAAAUUAAUUUUAUCACAGCCUCUGAGGCCUGAGCACUCACCUGCCAUGUGAAAGUGCCUUGCAAAACCAUCACUGCCUGCUGGGUGGGCUGGAGGGCUGCCCACACAUCCACUGCCUUCCUGCCACACUCUGCUCUCCCACCCAGCCCUGACCGCCUGCAUCCAGCACCUGGAGGAGGCUUGAACUGCAGGAGGACACAGCUGAGGAGGCCAGAGGCUGUGCUGGUGUCAGAUCCAGAAGUGCUGCCCAAAAUGGGGCAGAGGCAAGGCUGGGUCAGCUCCAGCUCAUCCUUUCCGAGCUGUCCUGGCACCUCUGAGGCCCAGCUGAUGCUGCCAACACCUUGCUGCUCACCUUGGGGAACAGAGGUGGCUGAUGUCCCUAAUAAA